UCUUACUUUUCCUUCACCUUUGUUAGUAUAUUACCUUAGAUUACUAAGUUUAUUAUGUCUCCUCCAUCGUUGAUUGUGUUAGAAGAUGGUCUAACCAACAAAUGGAGCAAUGACGAGUGGCAGCGUCUCGGCGUUUUCUCCGGAGAAAACCCUAACCCUACUUUCAAUUUCUUAGUGAAGAAUCCGCUGACAGUUUCACCGGUUCUCUCCCGCCCAUCUCUUAAAGAUGAAAGCUUCAGGAUGGUUUUACCUUUGGCCAUGUCUCCGCCAAGAGACAACGCCGUGCCGCUUCCUGUUCUUCCCGAGCCGAUGAUGAAGCCACGGAAGAAGCUUGGCCACCAAGAAUCCAUGUUUUCUUUUGGAAAAGCUAGGUGUCCCAUGAAAAACUUCAUCCACGAAGAAGAAGAAGAGUUCAAGUGCAACGCCUUCUGUCUCUCCCUCCGUGGAUUUGGCAAGCAAAAACAUGUGAGGUCACCGAAAAGCAACGACGAUUCGUCUGUAAAAAAGAAGAAGAUGACCAAAGCGUCAUCGUUUUCACACUCCACAGUUUCCUUAAAUGCCUCGUUUGAGAAGUUUGAAUGUGGCUCGUGGGCUUCAACAACAACUGCUCUGGCCCGAGAAAACAACCGGUUGUACUUCGAUCUACCCGUGGAGAUGAUCAAAUGUGGCCGUGGAAGCGGCGGAGAGGUCCAAGAACCAACGAGUUUGGGUUUCUUCUUCGACAAGGAAAGAGAAAGUUUACCUUUGAGAAGUGUUCUAAAGACUUCUCGGUCGGAAAGGCAACAAAGGGGUUGUUCGGCUGAGACAUCACCGCAUCGCCGUGUCAGGUUUUCAACCACGACCUCGGUUUCAUGCCCGACUUCACCGCGGUCGUGUAUCACCCCACGCUUGCUUAAAGCUAGAGAUGACUUCAACACGUUCUUAGCAGCACAGAACGCGUGAAGAACUUAAGAAAACAUAGCACUAUAAUAAGACUUACUAUAAUAUAUGUUCGUAUCUACAAGU